AUAUGUUCCUAACACACCCAUGCACACACAGACUAUUUUGUAAAAUGUGCAUCUACUAUAAUGGUCACAUCCACCAAAUGAAAGAUUUGUAGACUGAACUUUGGCGCUGGAUUUUUUUUCUUCUCUAAUCCAUCUGUUCAGGUAAAAAUACAAAAAAAUGUCAGGCGAAACUUUCGAUCAAAUUUCCUCUCUGUAGGUCUGCGUUCCCCUGGGGGGGCGUCAGAGAGAAUCUGCAGAAUAAGAAAAAAAUAGGACAAAAUCCUUGUGUCCAUGACAACUUACAACUCAUCUUCGAUGAAGAGCGAGAUAAAUCAAAUCUUUCUCCCCAAGCCAGGACUUGACUGCUCCAACAUCUCACCCCUCCCGAACAUGAAUCCCGGCUCUCCUUGAUACCACUGGUCAGCUGUUUGUCCUAUGGUGCUCUCUUCUUUUUAAGAGUUACAUGUCUUUGAGUGUUGUAGCUUCUUCUUGUUUCUAUUACAGAUGCUGGCCAAUGUGCCCGAAGGAGCGAAAAGAGAACCACUGAAAUCAAGCGAAAAUCUGAAAGUAAAAUUUGUGUUAGUGUGGCGCAAUCAAGGCAAAUGCAAGUGGCAGGCGACACCAUGGAUGUUCGUUGGGGUAGUGUGAAUGGAAAAUCGGUCAUUGUGGGAAGGGUUUGCUAAAUCUGACCCUGGCUGCUACAAGACAAGCAAGUGUGAAAUUCAUAUGAAAGAACCGAAUGGAUAAAAAAUACAUCCUGGUAUGGCAAGAUUCUCCAUGGGCAGGCACCUUCAUUUUGCUAGUAUUGAGAGAGAUGUCUUUACUGGCACCUGAUUUAUCCAAUGAGAUUGCAAUGGGAGCCUCAGCAAAUGGGUGUCAAAUUGGAGGAGAGGAAUCGAUCAAACAAUGGAGUAACGUUUUACUAAAGGAGAAAUUCUUUCACCGUGGCAUAAGUAGAGGGGUGGAUCUGAUAGUUCUGCACUGUGGGCUGUACUGGGACGGGGUGUAUGGACGCUGUGAACAUGAGCGUGGGCGACAAGUUGGGGGGUUACCUAGUGGAUCUGGGGGGCAGCUUCACUGAGGAUGCCCCCAGACCCCCGGUCCCUGGGGAGGAAGGAGAGCUGGUGUCCAGCGAUGGACGGCCCUACAGCCACGGCUUCUAUUCCUUCAAGAGCGAGAGCCUCAAGAACGAGGCCUCCACGGCCACGCCCAGACGACCUGACCUGGACCUGGGCUAUGAGCCGGAGGGCAGCGCCUCCCCCACGCCGCCCUACCUUAAGUGGGCAGAGUCCCUGCACUCCCUCCUGGACGACCAGGAUGGUAUCCACCUGUUCAGGACGUUCCUCAAGCAGGAGGAAUGUGCCGACAUGUUGGACUUCUGGUUCGCCUGCACUGGCUUCCGGAAGCUCGAGGCCAACGAGGGCCAGGGCGAGGAGAAGAAGCUGAAACUGGCGAAAGCCAUUUAUAAAAAGUACAUCCUGGACAACAAUGGAAUAGUCUCGAGACAGAUCAAACCGGCCACCAAGAGCUUCAUCAAGGACUGUGUGAUGAGGCUGCACAUUGACCCGGCCAUGUUUGACCAGGCUCAGACUGAGAUUCAGACUAUGAUGGAGGAGAACACCUACCCGCUGUUCCUCAAGUCAGAUAUCUAUUUGGAAUACACCAGGACUGGGGGGGAGAGCCCUAAGCUCUACAGCGACCAGAGCUCUGUCUCUGGGGGUGGGAAGGUUUUACCAGGGUAUUUGCCCACGCUGAACGAGGACGAGGAGUGGAGAUGUGACCACGAGUUGGAGGAGCAGCAGGAGAGUGAUCCCACUCCCAGCAACCGGCUCACACAGAAGCUGCUUCAGGAGACAGCUUCCCAACGCGUCACCAGCACCAAGAGAUUCCAGGACAGUCAUGAGUACAGACGUGUGCCGUGGCGGGAGCCUGUCAACCCGUACUACGUCAACACGGGCUACGCCAUGGCCCCUGCCACCAGCGCCAACGACAGCGAGCAGCAGAGCAUGUCCAGUGCCAGCGACGUCGACACACUCUCCCUGACAGACAGCAGUGUAGAUGGGGUUCCACCAUACAAAUAUCGCAAACAGCAUCGACGAGAGAUGCACGAAAGUGCCAAAGCAAAUGGGCGUGUGCCACUACCUCAUAUUCCUCGCACAAACCGGAUACCAAAGGACAUUCACGUGGAGCCGGAGAAGUUUGCGGCGGAUCUGAUCAGCCGGCUGGAGGGAGUGCAGAGGGAGAGGGAGGCCCAGGAGAAACUGGAGGAGCGGCUGAAGAGAGUACGAUUGGAGGAAGAGGGUGAGGAUGCAGACAUCUCCACAUCCACCUCGUUCUCCAGUCACAGACUGCCCCCUGGUGCCCAGCCACAGCACUACAACAACCCCCGCUACUCUGACAUCGGCUACAACGGCCUGGCGCUGCGUCCUGACGCCCACGAGGAGAACCCCGAGAGCAUCCUGGACGACCACGUCCAGCGAGUCAUGAAGACCCCCGGCUGCCAGUCCCCGGGCACCGGCCGCCACUCUCCCAAGUCCCACUCACCCGACGGCUUCCCUGCAGGUGGCAAGGUGCCCGGACCUGGGAUGCCACUGCCCACAGGCCCGGGCAAACACCCAGCUCGGCUGGGGCCCAAGGGGGAAGCUGCCAGCCACCAAUACCACCACAAACACGUGCACCACAUCCACCACCCGGCCGGAGGGAAGCCCAAAGAGCAGGUGGAGGCUGACGCAGCCAUGAGGGUCAAUGGUAACUUCCACUGGGGGGUGGAGCAGCACAACUAUGGGUCCAAGUCUCGCAACUAUGCUGACGGCAUGGGCCCCAGCCCGAUGGAUCCUAUGGGCUACAGUAGCAAAGGUAGCACGCUAUCGAAGCGGCCGUUUAAGAAGGCUGAGGAGGUGCGGACCUUUGAGGUGCCCGUGCCUCCGGAGGAUGUGGAGAGGAACCAGAAGAUCCUCCAGUGGAUGAUGGAGGGAGAGGCGGUCCGGAACAAGAAGAGCCCCUACGGGAGCACCACAGGGUCCAAGAAGACCCCGUCGGGCCACGAGGUGUCGCGGCCCAGCUCUGUGGAGCGUCCCGGGGCAGUGCAUCCUUGGGUCAGCGCCCAGCUGCGGAACAAUGUGCAGCCCUCACACCCCUUCAUCCAGGACCCCACCAUGCCCCCCAACCCGGCCCCGAAUCCCCUCACCCAGCUGGAGGAGGCUAGGAGGAGACUGGAGGAGGAGAAGAAGAAGACGGGGACCUUACAGACCAAACAGAGGUAUGUGAUGGAAGUGAUCCAGCGGGGACGCGCCCUGUUCCCACCGCUCAGCGUGGUGCCUGCCGUCUCUGACACGGAGCUCUCCGAGUCCGAACAUAAAGUGACGAAGAAGCCGGCGUGUGAGAACAUUACGGUGGCCUACUACUUCUGUGGGGAGCCCAUCCCGUACAGGACGUCGGUCAAAGGUCGCAUGGUCAUGCUGGGCCAGUUCAAAGAGCUGCUGACUAAGAAAGGAAGCUACAGGUAUUUUUUCAAGAAGGUAAGCAAUGACUUUGGGGUGGUGUUCGAAGAGGUACGCGAAGAUGACGCCGUCCUGCCCAUCUUUGAGGAGAAGAUCAUUGGGAAAGUGGAAAAGGUUGAUUGACAUGGAGCUGGAGAGGAAUGAGACGCUCACAAAGUCGGCCUGCGAUGGCGCUAUCGAUGGAUGAGCUGUUCACUUGAGAGAGACGGAGAGAAAGUGUUUGAUUAGCGUGAGGAUUGGCAGGGGAGAAAAGGUACGGAGUAAGUCGCUACAGGAGGGAAUGGAUGAAAGUAGGAGAGAAUGAGGAGAAGAGUGCAUAGUGGUCACUGUGGUAGACCCUUGUGACUCCAAGGCUUUCAUAUCUGCUCAGUGCCACUGCAUUGUGCAGACAGAGUAGGAAAGUGUUGGACAACAAAACAAAACAAAAGCUGACAUUCUCCCCUUCAGUGUCUUUCUGAGUGUAAUGUAAUGUAGCAUUGUACAAUUUGACCAGAAGAAAAAUGCUAUGAAUCUGCUUACUAAAGCAGCAUAUUAUUUUUGAUAUGACGUAUCAGAAGGUAUCCUUUCUAAUGUAACCAAGCGUGUCAUUUUUAUAUGUGUUGGUACCAGAUGUGUACAGAUUGUCUGUUUUAAAACAUGACGAUAAAGUUUUAUAUUAUCUAUUUAAAUAUUUUGGAAAAAAGCGGUCGUUUUAAUCCUUUUAAAGCAGUGGCGCUGUUCCAAUUCCACAAGAUCCAAGUGUUUUGACAGGGCUGUUUUUCAAGUAUUGUAGGAACUAUUAUACAGCCCCAUGUUCUACCAAGUGCUUUUUACAGGAACACUCAACCUUGCCGGUCCUCUAAAGUUAAGUGGCAUUGAGUUGUCGUGCUGCACUUAUCACUGUAUUAUGCAUUAGUGUCAAUGGCGCAAAAUGAAAAAGGAAUGCCUUCUUGAGGUUGCCCUUAACUGAUUCUGCCUUCAUGUUUUGUGUUUUUCAAUGAGAAAGGGACUCCCCGGCAGUAGCUCGAUCUGUGUACAAUGUACUGUACUCUGAGGUCUCUUAACUUUCCCCAUAGUGUACGUAUGUAUGCACAUUAAAAACAUUAUUAUACCCAUACCUGCAGACAUCUGCCAACUUAAAUUGGUCCCCACUAUGUUCAGUAACUUUCAGAUUUUGCUACAGUUAGGUCUUAAUUGUAGCAGAUCAGCGCAGAAAAUAACAUCUUUGAUCAGAGAUAAUCACAACCAGUUGUGUACAUGCUACUGACAGUUCAAAUCCAGAUUCUAUUUACAGUCUAGAGCUUUUGUAGGCAUUUAAGACCAGAGUCCAUAGUAGAAGUCUCCUGGAGGUUCAUACACGGGUGUCUGUGUAGAGAAAGGGUGUGUGUGCGGAAGUUUGUCACAAAGUAACUACCGCGUUCAAUAGAGCGUUGAUCACCUAAUGUGUGUUCACAUGCAUUCAGAAAGGCUCCUGACCCCAUGCUUUCACUCUGGACAAUGAAAGGACAUAGUAUAUGUUUACCUAGUUAAUAUAUCACAAAUACAGCUGAAUAAUGACUUGUAGCCUUUCAUAGCUCUAUAGAGCUACAUUUGGUGCCUGGCAGAAAUUGUCUCUAGAAAUAACUUUAGUAUGAAAUGAUCUACUUUUUGAUAGGUCACAAUACACCAAAGAGAACAGUAGAAGUUGAUAUAUGUUUGUCAUCCCCUUUUCUCUUCUUUAUUUACCCUCAUUCACAUGGGUACUCUUUGAUUAUUCUCCAAAUCCCUGUGUUGAAGUGGAAUUCUCUUGUACGAUGUUCUAGGGCAGGGCUCUCCAACCCUGUUCCUGGAGAGCUACCCUCCAUGUAGGUUUCCGCUCCAACCCUGUUCCUGGAGAGCUACCCUCCAUGUAGGUUUCCGCUCCAACCCCAGCUGUAACUAACCUGAUUCAGCUCAUCAAUCAGCUAAUUACUACAAUCGUUUGCGCUAGAUUAGGGUUGGAGGGAACCUGCAAGGACGGUAGCUGUCCAGGAACAGGGUUGGAGAGCCCUGUUCUAGGGCGUUGUGCUGGGGUCAGUGCAAGGUGGAAUGUGCUAACCGUUGUGAUUAGGAUGGUAAGGACCUGUAUUGCUGGGUGUUGUUCUGUAUCAACACCACAUAUAAGAGGACGAUCUCCUUUUCUGAGAUGCUGUUUUUGUAUUUAUUUAGAUGGAUAUUUUUAAAGAAUCUGUAUAAAGUUAACAUACGUAGUGGACAACCCUCUAUUGUUCCUGUUUAAACAUUUGAAUAACCGUAUUUUAUGUUUUUAUAACGAGAGGUAUUUACUCCAUGAUCUUUGACAAUAUUGGUACUCAGCCAUCAUCUGUCACACUACAAUGUAGAAUUUGGCUCUCGGUUAUAAUUAUUAUUAGAUGUUCACUGUCUGUAUGUAUUACCAAUGGAGGGCAGUGAUUCUUACUGUGAAAGCCCCAAAGUGAACUUCCCCCACUUAUGGUCAAUGAAAUGUAUAUAACAACCAUCACAGAGUGCCUUUUAUUGCCAUCCUCUCAUGACAUCCGCUAUGUGAUUCUCAAGUAUUACCAGGGCCUUGCUUUAUAUUUUUAUUUAGCGUCUUACAAACAAUGUUCUGUUGAAGUGUUUCCUGUGUCACAUCUCACUUUGGAUAGAAAAGUUUUAUGUAAAUAUGUAAAAAUUGUACAUGUCAUCAACCAGCAAUUCACUUAGGAGAUAUUCAAUACCCUGGACCUGUUUCUGUGUGCUGAGUUGUACGGUUAUCAUUUAAAGGUACUUGAACAAUAAAUACAUGUAAUAAACCUGAA